GGGAAACUGACUCCCAAUUCUCCAAUUCUUUGCGCUCAGCUGGUUUUCUGGUUUUCCCCAGGAGGGGCUUCAGCCCCAGUGGGCGGAAAUCUCUGGAGCCCAAAGUAAUUAGCACCUGUCACCAAGGCGCCACUAGCGCCCUGCCUGCCUGAGCCUCGCGUACCCUCGAGUCUCCGAGUCUCUGCCGCGUCGCCGCCUGCAGGUAAUUCCAGAAACAUGAGGAUACUUAGUAUCUUUAUAUUUACAGCCUACUAUAAUUUACUUAAUGCAUUUACUAUCACAGUGUCCAAGGACCUAUAUAUUGUAGAAUAUGGCAGUAAUGUGACGAUGGAAUGCAGAUUCCCAGUAGAAAAUCAAUUAGACCUGAUGUCAUUGGUUGUUUACUGGGAAAAGGAAGAGAAGCAGAUUAUUCAGUUUGUAAAUGGGGAAGAGGACCCGAAGGAUCAACACAGUAGCUACAGGCAGAGGGCCUGGCUAUUGAAGGACCAGCUCUUCAAAGGAAAUGUUGCCCUCCAUAUCACAGAUGUGAAGUUGCAGGAUGCAGGUGUUUAUUGCUGCAUGAUCAGCUAUGGUGGUGUAGACUACAAGCGAAUUACUUUGAAAGUCAAUGCCCCAUACAACAAAAUCAACCAGAGAAUUUCCAUGGAUCCAGUCACCUCUAAACAUGAACUAACAUGUCAAGCUGAGGGAUACCCCGAGGCUGAAGUCAUCUGGACAAGCAGUGACCACCGAAUCCUGAUUGGUGAGACCAAUAUCACCCAUUCCCAGAGGGAGGAGAAGUUUUUUAAUGUGACCAGCACGCUGAGAAUCAACACUACAGCCAAUGAGAUUUUCUACUGUACUUUUCGGAGAUUAGGUUCCUGGGAAAACAAUACAGCUGAAUUGAUCAUCCCAGAACCACCUGUGGCCCUUUCUGAAGACAAGAGGACUCACUUGGUGAUGCUGGGAUCCUUCUUGCUAUUCCUUUUUGUCACACUUGCAGUCUUCAUCUGCUUAAGAAAAGAUGACACACAGUUUGAGGAGACAUAAUCAUCAUUGAACUUCUGAUCUUCAAGGAGGGAUUCUUAGCUUAGAGUUUGGAAGUUCACAAAUGAGAGGGCCUGUGGGAUCCAGAUGAUGUUGGACUUAAAGGCCAAAGCUCUGAAUGUGGAACCAGGGGAAAACAGAGAGAAUGAAGAAAGCUGGAACCUGGGAGGAAACCCUGAGACUUCAAAGCAACGGAGAGCCUCAUUGGUGCCUUGCAAAGGGAAAGCCAACACUCUUGAGUGAGGAGCCUCCCUGCAUGUGGCCCAUCACUUGUUAGGAGAGUGGGCUGAGAAUCCCUGAUUUAAUGGUCAGUUCUUGCAGAAAUGCCCUUUGCCUCUACUCAGUGCCCAAAUCCCUCUUGUAGGGACCGGAAGUUCAAGGAUUAGAAGACUAUUUGAGUUGUUUGGAUUUUUUUUGGUGUGUGUGGGGGUCUUUUCAUCAUGGGAAUGUGGUUGUUAAUGAUUUAUUUUGAGGCUACUUUGUAGUAAAUGUGAAAAUGUUGCCAUCAAAUUUAUUAGGUGCUUGGUACCAUGAGGAACUGUUAUUACAAAGAGGAAGGAUAAAGAGCAACCCCUAGGUAUGUGCGAUCUUACGUUAUUUAACCCACUGAUGUUUAGGUUAACAUGAAUCAUCUUAUUCUCACACCUCAAGUCUCUAUCACAGUGUCUGCCCUAUUUAAAUAUCAGCUUUACAACGAUGUAGUACCGUAGCUACACAAUCUCAUUUCAUCCUGAUUAAUACUCCUACUAUGGCAACAGCUAUCACUAUAUUUAUCU